UUUCUUUGAAUUUCAGCGUGUAGGUAGGACUGCUUUAGACACUGCACCGCGAAUCGCGGGGCGUGGGUUAACGUUAGCAUGAUUUGUACUAGUCACAGUCUAUGGUACUAGUACUAACGUUAGUUUACAUGAUAUCCGACUUGCUUGUUAUUGUUGCUAUUCAGUCUGAAGAACGACUUUCUAGCAUUUUCCGUAGAGUUUGAUACAUUGUUUCGUUUUAACUGGGUACUAUUAGUUGAACAUGAAAAGAAAAUCAUUCGAAAAGUCUGCCCAUGUUGUCGCAUGGAUUAACAAAGCAGAGUGGGACCAGAUUCUUGAAUAUUUGUACUCGAAGGAUUGUGCUUUACAAAAAUUUGCAUUGCACAGAAUCUCUGCGUGGAAAGGCAGGUUUGGAAAUAGUACUCCUGUAGCUGUGGAAAGCACUGCAGACCUGGUGCGAUGUCAGGUACUUGAUCGUUCAGGACACCUAGAAACAGAUGAUCUGGUCCUGCUCUACGGAACAGCGCUUGUAAGGUUUGUUAAUUUAAUCACUGAAAGGAAACAGAGGAAAGUAGCUGCUCCUCUGAGACGUUUGGCCAAUAAGCUGAACAUUCCUGAGUGGAUUGUCAAUCUCAGGCAUGACAUAACUCACCGCAGGCUCCCCACCUUAAAAUGGUGCCGUAAAGGAUGUCAGUUUGUUCUUGAGUGGCUACAGCAGGAAUACUGGUCCAGGCAGCUGGGUAGCCAACUUGCUGAACACUGGGACUCCGAGUCAGAGUCUGAAGAGGAACAAGAUGAGGAUGGGCUUGGGCAGGAAGAUGAGUUCACUGUGAGACAAAGAAAAAGAGAAGCCCACCAAAAAGCCAGAAAAUUGCUGAUUUCCUAUGAGAAAGAACAGUUUCAGGCCUUUGAUGGACUGCACAAAGAGAACAAAUCCAAGCAGGCAUGGUUCAAUCGUUCCUCAGACCUGGGCGGGAUCCUCAUUCAAAUUAAAGCCUUUCCGGUGGACUCCAGUGAUGUUCUGAUGGAUGUGUUGCUUUCGGACGGAUUUUUGGUCCCCACUGCAGAGCAGCUGGAGUCCCUGGACAUUGAUUCUAUCGAUGGCGACGGCGACCCCGCGACCCCCUGCAUCCCCCUGGUCUUCCUGCGGUUCUGGCUGCCGCUGCUGAAGACCCUCGCGUCCCAGGCCUUCGUCCAGGUCUUCGUGGAGAGGCUGUUCAUGGAGCUGCAGCUGUCGGAAGAGACCUCCCGGCACAGGACUCACUACAUCGCUGGAUGGAUCUCCGAGAUCUUGGAUUGCAACCGUCACAGUCACAGAGAAAGGAAUCCGAAUGAAUCGAAAUGUCAGAGGAAGGCAAGGCUCAAAGACAAGAUUUUUGUGAAGCCCGUACCACUGCCAUGGCAGAAGCUUUUAACAGUCUGCCUGCAAGCACCAUGUGUGGCCACGCCACACCUCCUCCAGCAGAUCCUGGUGGACAUGGAGCCUCCCUUACCACAGGACACCCAGCAGAAGCUCCACCGCCUGUGCUGCAUCUACACGCAGGGCGGCGACCCCGGCCGCUCCCCCGACGGGGGGCGGAGGGACACGCCCGUCUACACGCUGGAAGGCCUGCGCAAGAGGAUGCGGCGGGAGUCGGAGCGCGCCGGCGGCGACCCCUCCCUCGGCGCGGGGCCCCGCCCGCCCCAGUCCCUGCCCCAGCUCCCUUCGGAGGAAGUGGCCGAGGACCUCCAGGAGAAGCUGAGCCCCAACGUCCUGCUGGAGAGGGCAGCCGCCCUCCGGGGCUCGCCCUGGCAGGUGUGCGCAGACAACGUGAAGUGGAAGGACUUCCCCCUGGGGAAGGUGCCGGGGCAGUCCGAGGACCCCUCUUGCCUGAUGGUGGACAGCUACUCCACCCUGUCGGUGCUCGACCAGCACUUGGACCUGGACAAGUCUGCCCAGCACAGCGUGUACACAUGCACCCCCGGACCUCACCGACCUGGCUCAGAUGGCCCACUCUGGACACACAGCGACCUCAGCAAACUCAAGUCUGGCCUACAGUUGUUUUGAAUGGCAGCUUUGUCACUUUAUCGCACAUUUUUAAAUCCUCAUUUUUGUGUCCGGCUUGGCUAUCCAGAGAUGUACUUCAAGAAAACUGUUGAAGACAGGCCUUUAGUUUGCAUUUACAGUAGUGACUAAUUGUUAAUAUACAUUUUUUUUGUGAAAUAACUUCUUUUGUGUAAUUCAAGAGGGCUGUUGGAAAGAAACAGGUGUAGUUGUGUAAAAAUAAAUAAAUUGAGGGUGCUGUAAAGAAAAAACACAACAUCGCUGUAUUGUUGAAGCUAUAAUAAUUCACAAAUUCAUACAGUUGAACAGUUUUAUCCAAGCUAUUGUUGCAGGGUAAUAAAUGUUAUCUUUCUCCUAGUAGUAA